GUGCGCGGUCACAUGCUCGACGCGUGCCCACGGUUCGGUUGCUGGCAGCGGCGGUUCAACUUCAUCUUAGCUCUCCCUUCCAUCUGGGCGCCCCCUUCUUUCACGGCCCUGACGCUUACGACUGCAAACCACAGAGGUGGUAUCUUCGACAUGGUUGCCGCAGGGUCCAUCACCGUUGCUGUCCGCGUCCGCCCGCCAACAUCAUGGGAGGCUACACGACUUCCACAAACAACAUAUGACAACUUUAUACGUACGGAUGGAGCGCUCUCCAUGUCCCCAGCAAAGGCUGCGACGAACAACGCGCCUCUUCGCGAUGUCAUCCAAGUCAUUGACGAUCGCGUGCUCACGUUCGACCCCGAUGAGAAGGACCCAUCUAGGGCCUUCGUCGAGCGGGGCUUCCUUCCUCCGGGGACGAAACGAUACAAGGAUCGCCGCUUCAUAUUCGACAAAGUGUUCGACCACCAGGCGCGGCAGGAAGGCGUCUACUGCGGCACCGCAAAGCCGUUGCUCACCAACCUACUAGAAGGAUACAACGCAACUAUCUUUGCCUACGGCGCUACCGGCUGUGGCAAAACACAUACUAUCAGCGGUACUGAUACCGACCCGGGUAUUAUCUAUCUGACGAUGGCCGACCUGUUCCAGAGAAUCGAGGAUCGACGGGAAGAGUACAUCAUUGACGUUUCAAUUCGCGAUCUUCUUGCAGAACCUGGUACGCCGACGCCGCGUGGAGGCCUGCAGAUCCGAGAGGACAAGACAGUGAAAGUGAUAGGGCUGCAGGAGCUCCGACCGACAAGUGCGGACGAGGUCAAGUCUAUCGUCUUGCUUGGGAACUCGCGGCGGACACAGUCCCCUACGCAUGCGAACGAGACAUCGUCGCGCUCGCACGCGGUGCUCCAAGUGCAUGUUGCGCAGGCGCCACGAACGGCGAACAUCACGGAGCAGCGGACGAUGGGCACGCUGUCGAUCAUUGACCUCGCGGGUAGCGAGCGUGCUGCGGCAACAACGAACAUGGGCCAGCGGAUGGUCGAGGGCGCUAACAUUAACAAGUCGCUGCUCGCCCUCGGAAACUGCAUAAACGCUCUGUGCGAGAGUGGAGGCGCGAUUCGCCAUGUGCCAUAUCGGAACAGCAAGCUUACGCGCCUGCUCAAAUUCUCUCUCGGAGGCAACUGUAAGACUGUCAUGAUCGUCUGCAUUGCGCCCACAUCGCUGCACUUCGAUGACACGCAGAACACGCUCGUUUACGCGGAGCGCGCGACGCGGAUCAAGACGAAGGUCAUCACGCGCAACGUCGUAAACGUCGACCGCCACGUCGGACAGUAUGUUGAGGCGAUCAACCGCCUCAACUUGGAGGUCGCGGAGCUCAAGCAGAAGGUCGCGGGCAAGCGUGACACCGAGGCAGAGAGGGAGAAACGUCGCCGUCAGGAGGCAGCAGCCGAGGUUGCACGUUCGAAGAACGACAUGCAGCAGAAAGCAGAGCAGAUGCAGCCUUCCAUCGUGGACGGUGCCAGCUGUGCAGGCAAGAUUGCUGUCGCAGAAGCGAAGCUCAAAGUCAUCCGUACGCGCCUCGCGCAGCUCGAUACAGAGGCAUCGUCUUCAUCCACGUUCCCUGCCGACCUGGAGACGGAGCGGCAGUUGCUCAAAGCACUUGCGGGACCGGAAGAGGAUGUCGUCAAGGCGCAGUCCGUGUUGAAUGCCCGAGUGCAGCGCUCCAGCAACUCUGACGCCAUGUUUGAUGCGACGCUACGUGCCGUCAGCGAGCGUCGUUCGGACAAACUCGAUGAGUACGCUGUCGAUAACGUGAAGCUCGACGCGCGCUGGCGCAAGGCCGAGAUGGAGCGUGCGAAGGCGGAGGCUGGAAAAGAGGUCCUGAAGGAGGCAGUCACUAGCCAAGCGGAGGCUUUGGUCAACCUCGUCGGCCUAGUGAGCCGCUGUACAGUGAUGUUGGGCGACGCGAGCCGCAUUCUGGCGACUGCAGCAGGGGAGGGCAGAGAUGGCAUGGAGGCCACCGUCAAAGCCCUGUCUUCGUCUCUCGGCAAUGUCGCUGAAAGCAAUGACGAAGCAUUCAAGGCACUCCUCGGACACUCGAUUGCUUCCUACGCUGCUGGCGCUGCCCCGUCCUCACUCAACACCUUCAAGGGUUAUCCUUCCGCUCUCGGCAUGGGCAGGUCGGCAUCAGGGCCCACCGUGUCACAGCCAGGAAAGCCACGGCUUUCGAGACCCGCACCGAGCUCUCCUCUGCGCAAGUCUCACAAGAGUCCUCGCAAGUCGCUGCGCUCCAGCCUUGCUCCGUCUUCCGCGCCAUAUAGGCGCAAGAAGAAGGGGGUGCAGUGGCGAGACGAGGCAGGCCAGGGCAACAUCGACGACGGCGGGCUCGGUGCAGUGGCGCCAGUCAUCACCGUGUCGACACCCGACCUGGCAGAGACGUCUUCUGCUCCUGCGUUGGAACCGAGCUUUGCUUACAAGCGACCUACCUCAGCAGCUGGGUCUGAGAGCGAGUGGGAGGACGAGAAGACAGAAGACAGCUUCAACGUCAGCUUCUCGCAGAAUGCCUCACACGACGUAUCUGUCUCCGCCGCAGCCGCAGGCGCCGUUCGCAAGCGGCCGAGGGCGAGCCGGCUCGAUCCCUCCUUCCUCAAGUCGAAAUCCCGGAGCUCGAACCUCGAGAGCCUGGCAGAGAACGACGAGGACAUCGCGACGCGGCCCUUGGGUGACCGCAACAUGAACCGUAUCCCCUCCCCGGACGGCUCUAGCAGCAGCUCCAGCACCAUGGACGCGCUUCACAUCCCCAAGGGACGCGAGAGGCAGCACGGAAGCCCUGCGAAGCGGGCGCCGAUGACACCGAAGGUCGUCGGUAUGAGCAAGGGCGCGCGCAGGCGCGACCGGACGCGGAGGCGGUCGAGCAUGAUCCCACAGCUGUCGCCUUUCCUCAACAAGAGGGAGCGGUCGCCGGCGAAGCGGGUGAAGAGGAUAUCGCUGCUGAGCGCGUCGUCGAAUAAGUUGACGGCCGCCGAGAUGAGCUUCAGCGGCAUUGGCAAGGGCGUAGGGAGACCGACCUGGAAGUGAAGGACUGCAGCUAUCUUGUAUGACCAUAGAGUACAACCAUGACCAUGACGACCUGCCUGUACCACCUCUAUUAUGACCAUCGUUGGUUUACUUUCGAUUUCGUAGUACGUGUCUUAUAUAUAUUGCUAUGCAUUCCGCACGUUGUUGUCUUAGCACGCCCCUUGUUCCUGUUCCUAUACCCUGUCUCUCCUUCAUGCGAAACUUGUGUACUGUUCCGCAGAUAUCUCAGAAAUGGACUGCUCAAACGCUA